AUGGACAAGUACGAGAAGCUCGAGAAGGUCGGCGAAGGAACAUACGGCAAAGUGUACAAAGCCAAGGAGAAAUCCACAGGAAACCUCGUCGCUUUAAAGAAGACACGUCUCGAAAUGGACGACGAAGGCAUACCACCAACAGCUCUCCGCGAGAUCUCUCUUCUCCAACUCCUCUCUCAAUCAAUCUACAUCGUCCGUCUCCUCUGCGUUGAACACGUUCAUCAAUCAAAUGACUCAUCUCCUCCUUCUCCCUCCAAAUCCAACCUUUAUCUCGUGUUCGAGUAUCUCGACACUGAUCUGAAGAAGUUCAUUGAUUCGUAUAGAAAGUGUACGAACCCUAGGCCGCUUGAAGAUUCUCUUGUGAUGAGGUUUAUGUUUCAGCUUUGUAAAGGUGUGGCUCAUUGUCAUGGCCACGGUGUGCUUCACCGUGAUCUCAAACCGCAUAACCUUUUGCUUGAUAAGGAGAAAGGGAUUUUGAAGAUUGCUGAUUUGGGUCUUGGUCGUGCUUUCACUGUUCCUUUGAAGUCUUAUACUCAUGAGAUUGUUACUUUAUCGUAUAGAGCUCCUGAAGUUCUUCUUGGAGAGACUCAUUACUCCACUGGUGUUGACAUGUGGUCUGUUGGAUGCAUCUUUGCUGAGAUGAUUCGGACACAAGUUCUUUUCCAUGGUGACUCCGAGUUUCAACAGUUGCUUCGUAUCUUCAGAUUGUUAGGAACACCAACUGAGAAGCAAUGGCCUGGUGUAAUGACACUGCGUAACUGGCAUGAGUAUCCAAAGUGGGAGCCGCAAGACUUGUCACUUGCUGUUCCAUCUCUAUCCCCUGAAGGAGUUGAUCUUCUCACGAAUAUGCUGAGGUACAAUCCAGCUGAAAGGAUUUCAGCAAAGGCAGCUCUUGACCAUCCCUACUUUGACAGUCUUGACAAAUCUCAGUUCUGA